GACACUUUACCAUCUUGGGUCAUCCUUCUUUGCAGCCACAUGCAAAGUGGUAUACAUUGAAGCGGCAGGAGCGUUAAGGGCAUCGCCGCGACGGCGGGCAGAAAGUACCAAGUGGAAAUUCGUCACGCUCCAUGCCCUCGUCGGGUGUUGCACCAACCUUUGGACCUGGCCUACCACCUGGGCCGUCUCUCGUCCAUACUCGCGUUCGGCUCCGGAUGGGGGAAUGAUCUUGCCGUUUGGAUAUUGCAAAUAGAUAGUAUCCCGGACUGAAAAAGAUAGUAGAAUAGUGAAUAUACAGCGGCGGCAGAUGCUGCAUGAUGAUUCACAAAAACGUCAAAACUGUGUAUGUAAGAGCAAAUGCUGGCCAGUUGCGAAGUCUUUCAAACGGAACCCCCUGACCCCAACGCGAGAGACAUACAGUAACGUCAACCACCUCAACCACACCGGCACAGACCGCCAUGACAGCAGUCCCCAACGAGCCGCCGUUCAUUGAAUGGACCCCACCCACAUACACCGCCGCCUCCAUCGCCGAGCCCAUCUCACUCAAACCACACCACGCGGCCUACGCAGCUCUAUUCGAGGAGGAGAAAUCCAACCUUCUGUCUGUGUUGCCGAACAGAGUUGGGUUGGGUGGAGUGGGUAAUAGGGAGGGAGACGGGGGGAGGAGAGGGCCGUUUAUAGAGCAUAUUGGGUCUACGGCUGUACCUGGAUUGCUAGCAAAGCCCGUUGUGGAUAUCAUGGUCGGUUAUCCAUACUGUGACGAUAAAGAUGACGACCAUUCCUCUUUCCUCCUCGAUAUCCUCGCCAUCUUACGCACCCUGGGCUACGAAUACAUGGGCAUCGCACCCUCCCCCAACCCCACCCCCCUCAACACACGCCACUACUUCCGCAAACGCCCCUCAACCACUACUCAUUACAACGUCCACAUCAUAUGGUCCGACAGUCCCAUUUGGAGAGCCAACGUCGCGUUUCGUGAUUUCCUUCGGGUUGAUGAGGGUGCGCGAAGGAGGUAUGCGCAUGCGAAACAGGUGGCGGUGAAUAUGGGGUGUGUUGAUUUGCAUACGUAUUCUGAGGCAAAGAAGAGAAUGGUGGGAUUGUUGAUUGAGGAGGCGCUUCGUUGGCGAGAAGGUGGCCAGAACUCUGCUUAACGGUUGGGAGAUGUGAGGAAAUGAUGGACGCAAUGAUACUAAGGUGCAAGGAAAGCGGCGUAUGCGAAGAUAGCCAACAAUGUUACAGGGACUUGAUGUAGAGUGGAAUGUAGAUACAGUAUGAUCCGUUUCAUACAUAGAGGUGGAAUACCAGCAUUGGUUAACGCGCGGACGAACACAUUGACGUUUGACAAUGUAUAGUCUGAAACAUGGCUACUACCACCACAACCACGGAGGAGGUUCCAGCUCCCGACGCUGUAGCUUUGAAG